UUUCAGUCACCAUUUUUACUAUUAUUAAGUAAUAUUGUAAUUUUGCGUAAAGCUCACUCGCCUUAUUUCUGGAUUCAGUCUUGGGGCACCAUUCUAUAGCGUAAAGACAGGUUGUCCUGAGGCCAUCAGCUUGACAUGUUUGUUGUUGGCUGACCAUGUCUAACACAUGAUGGAUGACACUGAAAUUGAGGCAAUGGCCACACUGUCAGGCAGCUCUUCCAUUGGGGAUCCAGUAUCUGAAAGAGGACAUAGUUUGGUUGAUGAAGAUGGCGAGGAUUGGCUCUACCCAGAGAGAAGACCUUCUCUGGACCUGGGACCAAGUCCAAUGGAUACCAGUCAGUGGCAUUAUGUGGACCAGGCCUUGACGCCAGCUCUGAGCUACAGCUCAAUGGCAAGUGAGGAGAGGUCAAACACAAUGAAUGAUGAUGAUGGAGUCUCCACGAAUGAUGAUGAUGGAGUCUCCACAAGGGUCCAGCUGGACAGAACAGAUUCAUACUCUAGCUGCUACUCUAUGGACAGUGAUGAUUGUGAAAAGAGAACCCCCAAGGUUAAAAGUAAAGAUGACACUGUCUCAGAGUUGCCUAAUGCACCAGAGUUAAUUCAAGACCCCAAUACGAUUAGGCAUCCUUCUCUGACAGUGAAAUUCACUUUCAAGGCUAUUGCUAAUAUCCUGCAGAAGUUGUCAGAGAAGGAUGUUAAGAGAUUCAAGAUGAUGCUGUGGCAACGUUACCCACAGUCAUUCAACACUCCUCCCCAAGGCUUGGAUCUGGUGGACCUGGUGGACCGGAUGCUCGAGUGUUACAGCCUUGAAGUGUCUUUGCAGGUCACCAAAGUCCUUCUUGAUGAGAUGGGACAGAAAAAGUUGAUCGACUAUCUUGAGACUUUGUGCAUCAGAAAUGAAGUGCGUCAUGAUUUAUGUGAGACUCUGAAGAGGAUAUAUGGUGAAGUAUAUGAGGAUGUAGCCAUGCAGGGAGAGAGGAAGCCCUUUGAUGAGGUUUUUACAGAUCUAAACAUUACAACAAAUUGUGAUAGUGGCCCAAAUAUUGAACAUGAGGUCAUGACCAUAGUAAAACUGGACAGCAACCGGAAACCAGGGAAACUGCUUUCUACCAGCGAUAUUUUGAGCUCUAAAAGGCUGGACCGCUCAAACACAAAGUUGGUAGUGCUCACUGGAGUGCCAGGGUCAGGGAAGUCUAUGGCAGUCAGAAGGUUGAUCCUUGACUGGUGUGAACAGCGGUCCCAUGAACAUGUCUCUUUUUUGAUUCCUUUGCCAUUCAGAGAACUCAGACAGUUUGAAGGCUCCGAGGUCUCCCUGCUUGAAAUAAUACAAAAACUGUACCCAGAAACAAAGAAACUCAGGGAGGAGGAUUAUAGAGGUGAAGACUGCAAGAUAAUGUUUGUGUUUGAUGGUCUUGAUGAGUACAAUGACAACCUUGACUUUAACACCACUGAACUUUUGGGUGACUACACACGACCCACCACCCUGAACGUAAUCGUGGUCAACCUCCUCAGAGACAGGCUGCUUUACCGCGGCCUCUUCCUGGUCACCACUCGGCCGCAAGUAAGGCGCUACAUUCCUUGGGACAUGUCUUAUAAUGAGAUAGAGGUGCUUGGCUUCCGUGACCCUGACAAGGACGAGUACUUUAAAAAGAGAUUUAAGAACCCAGAUCAAGCAACCCGAGUUAUUGCUUAUAUCAACUCUUUCAAAACUCUCCGCAUAAUGUGCCACCUGCCCCUGUUCUGCUCACUGGUUGCCGAUGAGUGCCAGCACAUAUUUAGAGAAAAGGGAACACAGGCAGAGCUGCCCAGGAGCAUCACCUACAUGUACACAAAGCUGUUGCUAGUGCUCAUACGUCAGCAUCGCGUAUUUAGAGCUCCAGGUCAUACCCCAAAUGAAGAAAGAGACUUCCUCAUGAAACUUGGAAAGGUGGCCUUCAACAUGCUGGAACAAGGCCAGUUCAAAAUCACCAAGACCGACUGGAAAGACACUGGAAUCGACGACACGGAAGCAGUGAUUAACAGUGGCCUGUGCACACAGUACAUCACAAAGCCAUAUGUCUUGUUUCAGGAGAAAGUUUUGAGCUUUAUCCACCCCACCAUGCAGGAGUACCUCGCUGCCCUUUAUGUGUUUCUCUCAUUUAGAAACCUGGGGAAGAACAUUUUUGAGCAGCAGCACCUGAAAGCCAAGGUCAGGGGCAUAUUCAAGCCGCACAAAGCCAUGGAGCUAUACAAAAGUGCUGUGGACAGAAGCCUGCUCUGUGAAGAUGGCAAGCUGGACCUUUUUCUACGUUUCCUGUUUGGGAUGGCACUUAAUACCAACCUGGAACUUCUCCAGACAUUCUGCACCGCGUCCAUUAAGGGGCCAUCGGUCAUCGAAGACGCGGCUGUUCUCAUAAAGAAGAGGCUCAGAGAAAAUCCCAGCAGGAGUAACAACUUGCAGCACUGCUUGGAGGAGCUGGGUGUGUCAGCGGCAGAGGCAGCAUCCUAUUGAUCUGACUCUUUUAAAACACUCAAGACUGCACAAAAUCAUUUCACUACAAAAUGUGUAUAAAGGAUUCCACUUGAGGGUCAAUCGAAGGAAAACUGGCUAAGAUGAGCCUGUUUCUCUCCUAUUCAGCCAAAAUUAUUCUGUAGAUGCUGUUGGAGACGUAGAGCAUUCAAGAGCCAAACAUAAUCACUUCUGAAGUGUCAUAGUUAGACUGAUGUACCAAAGAUGUGGAAACAGCAUCUUGGGGAUAGUGUGAUUUAAUGUGUGUUCAUACAGAUUUAUAGAGGCUCUGAGUUAAGAGAACUUUUGUUGGGAGAGUGUUUCCAUUUUUAUACAGUGAUUAGAUAAUCAGACCAUUCUGAUAUAUCAUUAUUGCCAGUCUUAAAAUUCCUUCAUACAGCUUUUUACAUGCACUAUUAACACAGUAUCAUAAGGAAUAUGACUAUUACCUGAGCUCAAGUUUUAUUGGUAAAUUAAAAAAACUAUUUUUCACUCUUAUGUUAAUGUUGAUCACUUGUUGCUUGUUUGCUGCUUUCAUUAAUGUUUUGGUAUAUGAUGCAGUAAUCAUACUGAAGGGAGACAGUUCUGUUUCUGUUCAUGCUAAACCUCUACAAAGCAUCUUACUUCAGUGUAUGUUACAGUGAUGAGUUAAGGCUUUAUUGUCCCCAAGGAGAGGUUUGUUUUCACAGCCUGUACACAACAUAGAACAUACAUAUAUUGACACAAAAUACAAACUGAAUGGUCAUCACUGUUUCCUUUGAUAAAAAUGGGAAUCCUCACAAUGCUGCAUGAAUUUUUUUAUUAGGUGUGAGUCGUUUCAGUAUCACCUAGAGAGAAGGGUGGAUGAUAUCUUGGUGCUUUUCUUUCUGUUUGUGGCAAGAAAAGAUUCAGAGCUUUGGAGUGUCAAACAAAACAGCUAGCAUGACAUUUAGUGGCUUGUAAAACAUGGCAGCCUCUUAAAGGGUGGGGCCGAAGCACAGCGACAUCUGAUCAUUUCUCUUGUUGCAAUAAAAGUCCAGGAAGAGUGUGUUA